GAAAAAUUAGUCAUAGACAAUUACUAUUUAUGUCCGCCGUUCAUUCUUUUGAGUUGCUUUUUCGUUUUACGAUUUCGUAGAGAGCACGAUUUGUCAUCGAGUUCUACGCAACACAUUUGCAAUAAUCCAAAUACGUAGAAGAAAGUUUAACAGCUUUAUUUAGAUUUAGAUUUAGCAACACUAGUAGAUUUGCUACGGACAGUACAGCUUAGUGUGGACAGUUCCUUUGAGACGAGAUCCUAUCGCAAGGCCCAGUGAUGCUUUUCUUUGCCUUUUACGUUGUCGCCUGUGAAUUUUGCUCGAGUGCCUGAUGGUGCAAGAAGUAUGUGCGAUUAGUGAAUCAAUACAGAGGGAAACAGUAUGGGGGCUUUUUUAAAUAAACCUGAGACGAAGAAAUAUAAUGAGAGCGGGGAAGGUAACGGUCUUCGCUAUGGCGUGGCGUCGAUGCAAGGAUGGCGCGUGGAAAUGGAAGAUGCGCACCACGCUCAGCUUACACUAAAUGGAACGCUAUCAGACUGGUCUUACUUCGCAGUCUUUGACGGCCACGCGGGGGCCCGGGUGUCAGCACAUUGCGCGGACAAUCUGCUAGAAUGUAUCCUGCAAACGGAGGAGUUUAGACGGGAUGACAUCGCUGAAGCGAUACGCGCUGGUUUUCUCGACCUCGAUAAGAAAAUGAGAGAAUUACCGGAGCUGUCAAAUGGCGAAGAGAAGUCAGGGUCGACGGCAGUAUGUGCGUUUGUAUCGCCUAAACAGAUAUAUAUAGCUAAUUGUGGUGAUUCUCGAGCUGUAUUAGCACGGAAUGGAGCGCCGAUAUUCGCUACGCGCGAUCAUAAGCCGGAAUUACCUUCGGAGAAGUCUCGUAUAGUUCAAGCCGGAGGCACGGUCAUGAUUCAGCGAGUCAAUGGAAGCUUGGCUGUAUCUCGCGCGCUCGGUGAUUAUGAAUACAAGAAGGUGCUGGAUCGCGGGCCAUGCGAACAACUUGUUUCACCAGAGCCUGAGGUAUCGGUACAUGAGCGGUUGGAUUCCGAAGACGAAUUCUUGGUGCUGGCUUGUGAUGGAGUUUGGGAUGUAAUGAGCAAUGAGGCUCUAUGUGCAUAUGUUCACUCUCUUCUGCAGUUAACGGAUGACCUUGUUGCUAUUACUAAUCAAGUUAUUGACACCUGUCUCUAUAAGGUAAACAGUUUUUUAUAUACCUCAUACAAGGUUUAUAUCAAGACAUAAUAGUUACUUUAAUAU